AUGAGAGAGCGGCUUGAGGCGCUGCAACGGGCAGAUGUGGUGGUGAUCCACAAUGCUGACCUGGCACCCCCAGCGUGUGUGGCAGCGCUAGCAGCACAGCUACAGCACCACAUGCCACCACACGCCCUCCUCCUCCACUCCUCCCUCCGCCCCCUCCACCUCCUCUCCCCCUCGCCCUGCCCCUGCGCCUCCUUCCCUCGCCUCCCCCCUCAUUCUCUCCCCACUCCGCCAGAACACCCCUCCACGUACCGUCCUCCUCUGCAUCCCACGCCUACCUCCCCUGCCCGCCCACUUUCCUCUCCUGCGUGCCAUGAGCCGCGGGGCAGCACAGCCUUGGAAGGCGCCCAGGGCACAGGGCACGCGCGCCUGCUGCUCUGCCAUGGGGAAGAGGGGGCUGGGGAAGCAGGAGAGGGGGGAGGGGGGGGAGAAAGAGGAAAGGGAGGGGAGGCAGGAGGCGGGGACAGGGUGGUGGCGUGUGAGAGCGUGGCGGGGCGUGAUGCCGUGUGUCUCUCUGCCAUUGGCUCGCCCGAGGCCCUGCAAGCUACGCUGCAGACACAGCUGCACCUGAGGCGGGUGGUGAGCAUCGCCCUGCCUGACCACUCGCCCUUCUCCCUCCAGGAGGUGCGGGCAGUGCAAGAAGCCCUCGCCCUCCUCUCACAUGCGCCUGACCCUAGCACACCCUCCCAUGAUGCGCAAGGCCUGGACGCACGCGGGAUGAGACGAGGAAAUGGAGGAGGCGAGGGACUUUGA